UUCGGUCACGGUCGUCCUGGCCUAAAGCAAAACUUAAGGUCCUGUCGAUUGCCCUCGGUUGUCGGCUGGCGUACAGCUCACGCUGUGCGUGGUGGUUACCGUUUUGCGUGCAGCGGCCAAACACAAAGGGGCCCAGUACUACUUAGAACUUGUGCCAAGCAGGACCUGGAAAUGUUCUGGAAAAAGUGAUUUCCAUUACUGAGAAAAAAGUGUCCUUUUAUGUGAGCAUCGAAACGACCAUUCAAUUGGCCAUCUAUUGAUUGAAUGUUCUGAAAGUGUGUGAACAAAAUCAGCUCGGGCACGGUGAGAUCGGGACAAUUGAGUCGUUCUCUGCAUCCAGAUUGUUCUGCAACGAAAUCAGCACAAAUUGAGCAUGCCAGCAAUUGUUGCAAUUGACGCUACUUCAGACUAGUUCCUCACUUGCAGCGGUACUGUGUAAUCGAUAGUGAAAACGACAAGCAGGUUCCGUCCGCUUUAAUAGGAUUGUGUGCACUACACUAGUGGUUUCCGUGCAUCCUUAUGGUUGAGCAUAAGCGACAUCAUCAUCAUUCAGAGACUUCCGGAUACCAGAGGGCGAUGUGGAAAAAGACACAAUUUCCGCUACAAUGUGCUGCAUAGUCCGCAGACCUCCUGGAAUGGUUACGCAAGACCGUUUGCUAAUACAAUUAAAAGUUUACCAUCGCUCGGUGAUGUAAAGCGAUCCCGUUCGUGUAAAUGGUACACAGCGAGUGGAAUUAUAGUGCAUCUCGAUACGGUGUUGAUCGUGCAAUUAUCAGUGGUUGCAAUAUUAUAACUUACGGUUGAAAGGAAAGUCCUUAACGUCCACCGACGGGCGACAGUGUUAACCAGCACGAGUUGUGCAACAUUGUGUCCCGGUACCGUAGUGCGGGGUCAGCAGGGUUUGAGAUAACGUCCCAUUUUUACUCUCCACUUCUGCCCUGCCAGGAUAAAGUGUGGUAGCAGUUGCAGCAGCAAUAGGAGCACUAUUGGAGCUGGAAAAUUCCAAAACACUCAUUGAAUGGAAAUAAGUGAAAACAGCGAGCAGCACAAAGACGAUGCGUUCCGUGAGAUCAUUGCAAGCUGCCGAUCGCUGAGCAAGUAUGAAACAAACAUCAAGUCCGCCCUGCCCCAGAUCCUGUCGGCGAUUGUGGCCGCCUCGUUUCACAUCGUCAUCGGCAUAUCGCUGGCGUACUCGGCCAUCCUGAUCCCGCAGCUCGAGCAGCCCGGUAGCGAUGUGCCGAUCACGAAAGCGCAAUCCUCCUGGAUUGCAUCGAUUAUCGUGAUCAUGGUGCCGAUCGGGUCGCUAGUUGCAGGCGUCAUGAUGGAGUUUCUCGGCCGGCUCAACACGAUCAAGCUGGCGGCCGUACCGUGUGUGGCCGGCUGGGUUGCCAUCGCGCUGGCGAACAACUUCACCUGGAUCAUGGUUGGGCGUGUGCUGACCGGUUUUGCCUGCGCGCUCGGUACCAGUCCCGCCAUCGUCUACAUCACGGAGGUGGCCCGGCCCGACAUGCGCGGAUCGUUGAUCUCCUCCGGCCCAACGCUGGCUUCCCUCGGAAUGGUUAUUGCGUACGCGAAGGGCGCUUUCAUGGACUGGCGGCUGGUGUCGUGGAUUUGCAUCAUCUACACAAUUGUGCCGGUACUUCUAAUACAACUGUUCGUGCCAGAAUCACCCGUCUGGCUGGUGUCGAAAGGACGCAUCGAAGAUGCCGCUAGAUCGCUUCGAUUUCUCUACAAAAAAUAUCCACAACCAGAGCAUACGGACCAAACGCUGUCGGAAAUGCAUCUAAACGCACUGCUGAAAGAACGUGAAACCAAAAUGGCCGAAGCGCAGAAGAACGUCAACCGGCACGGCCAGCAGCAGUCAAAGCUGCGCGGCUUCCUCAAACCAACCGGCUACAAACCGAUGAUCAUCCUGUUUUGGUUUUUCCUGAUCCAGCAGUUCAGCGGCAUCUACAUCACGCUCUUCUUCGCGGUAACCUUCAUCCAAGACGUCGGCACCGAGGUGAACGCGUUCACGGCCUCCAUCUUUGUCGGGUUGACGCGCUUCUCGAUGUCGCUGCUGAACGCUUGGCUGCUGAAACGAUUCCCCCGCCGCCAGCUGGUCAUGGUAUCAACCACCGGCAUGGCCAUUUGCAUGUUCGUCUCGGGGUUGUUUACGCUCUGGAUAAAGGAGGGCACCACCACACUCACGUGGAUCCCGGUCGUCGGUUUGCUGCUGUACGUGUGCGCCUCCAUGAUUGGGCUGCUCACCAUACCGUGGACGAUGACGGCAGAACUGUUCCCGACGGAUAUUCGCGGCAUCGCGCACUCGAUAUCAUACUCGAUGGCUAAUCUGUUGAUGUUCUUUGCCGUUCAAAGCUACCGAACCAUAACCGAUCUGCUCGGUGGAGCGUACGCGGUGCAGUGGAUGUUUGCCGUAGUGUCUGUGAUCGGAUUUUUCUUCGCCCUAUUCUUCCUACCCGAGACGCAUGGUAAAAGUUUGGCCGAAAUAGAGGCGUUCUUUGCAGGCAAAUCGCAACCCCAGCGCGUACCGACGGAACCAGCAGCCAAACCGUCCGUGACGGAGCAUCUGAUACGCAGUCCCAGCCGGGAGGCAAAGCUGAGGGAGGUGGAGCUGAUGCUGAAGAACAAAAAUGGUGCUUAGAAGGGGGUAUAAAACUGAGUUGCAGGAGACGAAUAAGACCACACACUGACUGUACUGCGGUAGUAUUGAAAAUGCUACCUACGCAGUUGUACUUAACGUAGCAAAUGGGAUAAGAACAGGCACAAUGAAUCAAUUCAGUAACUGGCGGCACCUUCUAGAAUAUAUAUCGUAGGUCGAGGAAAAACUGGUGAUUGAAUCAGUACAACAGGAAUAUACACACACACACACUCAUACAUAAAACAUAUUUAUUUUUAGUAUUUUCAAAUUCCGUAAAUCUUCUCGCGAAACGAAACGGCGGCAAAAGCUAUAAACAACGACUUAACCCGCUAUGCACGUUAGAUUCCGGAAGGUAUGCCGAAACGGUGACAUGUUGUGUAUUGAUUGAUUAAUUUCGAUGGAACGUUGCGGGCAAAGUUGCGAAAUUGAUUCGGCAGACUGAGUUUGAUGAAGCCAUACGCAUGACGACAAAGACCAGCACCACACACCCCACGGUGAAGCCAUUUAAUGCAAUCCAAGUUCAAAACACAGUGUAUUAAUCGUAUUCGAAGUAUUGCAAGUGCGUAGAUUUAGUUCGAAAUAAAUUGUUGAAAUGAACGUGCGAUCAA